UAACCAAACAACUCAACUAUUAUAUACUUUGUCUUUGGCGUACCGUCGUCAUUACGCUGUUUUACAUGCUUUAAUCACAUAGAUGGUUGGGAAUUGAUUUUACAAACCGGACUGCUUUUUCGAAAAUGAAAUUAUUAGCGUGUUGUAUGGUUGUUGCUGGAUUAAGUCUCGCGCUAGGUCUGGUUCUGGAAGAUAGUGUUGAAAGCCGAUUGGCCAGUGUUGAAGCAACGCUACAACGUGUGCUAAAAGAGUUGUCCGUAGUGCAAGGGUGUAGUUCAGAUUUCUGUGAUAUCCAUAGGUCUAAAUGGUCAACAUGGAGUACAUGGUCAAAGUGCACGGGGCAGUGUAAUCAAGGAUAUGGGUCAAGUGAGCAAACAAGGACACGUGUUCGCACGUGUAUUGGUGAUACACAGGGGUCACAGGGACUGCAGUGCACGGGCGACACCACGGAAACGGACAAAAGACCAUGCAAUGCCGUGGAACUUUACGGUUGUUUAAACACCGCACAGAACACUAACAAUACUUAUGGAAUGGUUUACAAUUUCUUUGACGAGCUCGCGCAAAGCACGUGCACAGCUGCAGUGAAUUCUGCAUCACACGUGCUUGCAAUCCGACGGAAUUGCAACACUGGAACAGCACCGGACUGCUCGCAGAUCUGUGCAAACGCUGGAUACCAUUGCUUCGAUGAACUACAUGUAUAUCCGCCUUCCAAACUUCUCCACCCGGAUGUUUACAAAGACGAGGGUAAACCGGGACUGAUGAUGUACCGGUACUUUUCCUGUACAUGGAGCAGCGGGUCAUGUGGCCCUAACUUUUGCUGUUGUAACGAUGCGUAAAACGCUUUGCAUGCUGGGGAAAUUGUCGUCUGCUCAAAUGUGUCGUCUGCUUAGUUUUUUUAACGUAAUUUAAAGCUGCAUGCCUCCAAAUGAGCCAAAAUAUUUCAAGAAAAUUAAAAAUGAGAAAAAUGUAUACUAAGAUUUUAAUAAUUCAAGAAUUCACAUGUUUAAUAACUGAUAUUACAGUAUUUAUCCCCAUAUUUCUAGUGCAUAUAUGUAACUAACCUAGUAAGGUCUAUUUUUGUAUAUUUUUACCUCUUUCUGGUGAUUUACGGGGAAUUGUUUGUGCAGUUUGCGGUGUAUAAAUUUCUUUCUUAGUUCACUUCAUAAUAUUUCACUUUUAAAUACUUUUUUGAAAUUUUAAUGAAAAUAACCAUGAGUCAGGAGACAUGCUGCUUUAUUUUUAAGUAAACAUUAGUUACUUUGUCUGGUAACAGGAUAUCGUUAUCUAGGCGUUUUAAAAGAUGACUCACGUGAAUAAAUGUAACCCAGGGCAAUCUAAACAGAGCGCCUUUUAUUAACAUGUUAAUUUGUUUAGGUAACAAAAUUAUUUAUGAUGAAUGAUUCUUCGUUUUUCUUUCAAGCUGGUUAGAUUAUGUUACCUUAAAUGAGUUUUUGUGAUGAUUUAAAAUAAACGUCUAACAUAUAU